GCAACCAAUCCGAAUGGCAGCAUUAUUGAUUAUUUUCAAUUAUCUCCUUAUACUCAAAUAUCUGUUCCCGGUACGGAAGAAGAGUCAAUCACCCUCCAAGGUCCUGAAGCCGAUAUCAAUGAACCCAAGUACGAACUCCACAAUAAUUGAUGUGUGGGUUACUUCUGGUAUCUUUGUAUUCCAUUAA